AAAAGCUUUAUGAACAAAAGGAGAGUUUUUCUACUUCCGACUCCAAGAAGCCUCUCGUAGUUUGCAGCACGAAGGGGUGUACUUAGGUAAAACCAAUCGGAAAAGCGGAAGAGGAGAAGCACCCUCUCUCCAACAUCGUUCGUUCAUCAAAUUAUUCUCUACUACAUCCUCACCAAUUUUACCCUCCUAGUAAUCUCGAAGAAUAUUUCAUCGUGAUCAAAGACGGACUACAACUAAGAGUAAGACAACCUUUAUUCAACAUCAAGAACUAACAAUGAGUCGCUUUUUGAGUCCAGAGGCGCGAAAGCAGAGGUGGGUGGCUACGCCGUUGGCAGGCAAGCUAGGCGAAAGCGAGGACGCGGCGGAGCGCAGCCUCGCUGAGUUGAUUCGACCUGUGAUUAAGGGUUGAAAGUUGACCCCUUUAGAAGUAUGUGCAUAUCUAUGUAGUUGACCUUUUCAAGUACUUAGGAAAGUUGUCUUCAUAGAUAUGGAAGAUAGAUCGGUCAACUUUCAACCCCUAACGUGAAGAGGCAGUUGCAACUAGAUGAGAAAGAUGGAAAUUCGAAUUCUGUUGGCGGACCCGGCAGAGGGGGCGAAGGCAAUGACAGAAUAUCGCCUUUGAAAACGCUUUAUGGGCAGUGGUUUGUUUUCUUGUAUUUUUUAGUGAUAAAAAGGGAGUUGUCGUGGUCCUCUCCGUUGUUGAUAUUUCAAUUUCAUCAUCCUCUGCUCAUCUGACACUAAGUAAUUUAUUUAAUUAGAUAGAAGAAUAUCAGACACUAAUUUAUUUAGAUAGAACAAUAUCAGCUAAAUAUAAUUGGUAUCCUGCUGAAAUCCAAAUGCACUCCAUGAAGUAUAAUUUUCUUUCAGUAUGACACCGGCUCAAAAAUGUCGAUUGUAAAACAAGCUCUAAAAACACGAGAAGAGAGAUGAUCCAGAACCUCCACUACAACAAGUAGGAGCUCCGACCGGAGUUUCUGGAGCUUCUUCUAGCGCUGCCACCUCGUCCACCUCUGCUGCUGCAACGGGUGGAACAGCAAAGGAGCCUAGUGUUGUUAAGAAAAAGCGGAAUUUGGACUCAUGGUGGAAACGACAGAGAGCGCUGGCGUGCGACGAGGCAGCUAAAGCAGAAGAAGAAGCUGCUGCAAAAAGACACAAAUCAUCUUCUGCUAACGCUACAUCUUCUUCUCAUUCAUCAUCAUCGUCGAGUAGUGCUGCAAAUCAUGUUGUUGUAACGCGGGUGUCCAAAUUGAAAGAAGAUGCAACUAGCACUUCGACCAUCAGAGACCGAACAUCCAGUGGCUGCGCAUUUCGUAACUUACCUCCUUGGCGAAAGAUGCAUGAAUCGGAAGAUGCAACAUCUACUACUCGUUCAACAGGAGGUACCAAACCGAUGAAGCGAGGAGCAGGAGAUCGAUCUGCUAGCAACAGUGGCUAUAGGUUCACUGCCGCUUCGGGAAAGAGUGGCACUAGUCGAAGGGUGUCAUUAGACAUUGAGCAUGCUGAAGGAGGUGAAGAUGCUCCGGUCCCGCCUGCGCGCUUGUCCGCAUUGAACCUAAACUAUCAAGGACGUUCGAGUCUUGGACGUGGGGGGGAGGAUGAUCCGAUUGGUACGACUAGUAGAAGUGCUGAACAUCUUCAACAAGAAAAGCGUCUCUCGGACUUGAAUCUGAACUAUCAGGGACGUUCGAAUACUCCUAGAGACACGAGCAGGAGCAACAAGCAGGACAAGGAUGACGACAGCAAGCAGAAGCAGGACAAGAAAGCUAUAAUUUUCAUUGAUAAAAAAACGACACGAGAACAAGAAGUGGCACCAGGAAAGUCGACUACGCCCUCAUCUUCUGGAAAAGAGCAAAAACAGAAAGAGAAACGUCUAUCGGAUUUGAAUUAUCAAGGACGUUCUAGUCUGCCCGUUCCUGAAGUAGAUGAUUGCACUUAAGGGUAGGUUAAAGGUGCUUUUCUUACCGCUUUUUAUGCCUCUCCUAAGGGAGAAAGGCAUAACAAGCGGGGCAAGCGAGCACCAAAAACCUACCUCUAAUGCACUUUCAAAAAUUCUCGUGGGAGGAAAGCAAGACGCGUGUCUGCAGAUUUACUUGUGGAUGCUAACAACAAGACCACUACUUACACUUCAAGAACAACUUCUGGUGGUAGAGUUAAGGUAGAGGAGGAGAAGAAUCAAAAGUUUAAUGCCAACAAGCCUGCUGAACAAGCUGACGAAGGUACAUCAACUCAAGUUGUCCCGCAAAAGUCGCUCAACGAAAAAGUAGUAACUACUACUGUUGCAGGAGAACCAACUCACAAACCAACUGCUGAACCAACUACGUUGGUCGAAGUCGAAGAGCCACUAGAGGAGCCUUUCCAGGAGCACAUUUUCCAAAACGACGAUCUCGAGACUCCACUCCCCGCAGGAGCUGUAGUCCCAGUCGAAGAGGAGGGCGCUAGAUCUAGUACGCUGAAAAAUAAAUGCAAAAGUCCAAAGCCAGAGCCAGAAUGCGGGUUAGGAAGUCUUCUUUUCCUGUCGUCAAGCCAGCUGCUUGGAAAUAUGUUCUCAGGUCGCGGAGUAGGUCAGAUUGGUUCUAUCUCGCAAUUUGAGGAGGUGGUAGCGAAUCACCAACUGUCGUCGUCUAACAAGAACCCAGGUCCUCGUAGUUCUUCAAACGAUCCUGCCGCAACUGGUCCGGCACUUGUAGAGGAGCUACACGAGAUGCCCCUAACAGCAAUAGCGCAGGCUACAACAUCUUCGAAAGACACGAACAAUGGAGACGGCGUGAAGAUGGGCGAUAGUGGAAAUCAUCAUCAGGAGAUGCAAAACAGGAUGAGCACCAGCACAUUGGCAGAACAUCAAAAUAUUUUAAGCGGUAGCAGCUCAUCCUCUAAUGUCGAGGUCAUCAAACCGGGACUGAGCAACUACUUGUACAACGUACCAAAAGCGUCUCCGACUUCAGCAGUGAAGUUGCCGGGAAAUACGCCAACGAAGCCUGCUGGCUCAUCAACAGGUCUCACGACGAAGCCCUCGCGCUACACGCCGACGCGGUUGCAUAACGAUUUGAACAAAAAGUCAUGGGCAACGAGCAUAGAAAGAUUGAUUAGUUCACGUACUGUAUUUCCAGCAUGGGUUUUCGUUGUUCGAAUGAUCCGUUCCCCUUUUUUACCAGAUGCUACACACGUAGAUUUCUUACCAGAUGCUAGUGUACAAAUACAAUCAGCUAAAAGAAUAGGAAAUAGAAAAUGAAGUCCGCCGAAGACUAAACUUACUCACGACUUGAAUAUCUAUACCAUCACCAUCGCGAUAUCCAAUUCCAAACCAAUGACAGAUCGCGGCAACGGUUUCUGCCAGUUUCAGGCAACUUUUACUACGUUCAUACCCCCCUUCAUGCACGAAAAUGAGCAGAGCCUUCCCAGCAGUCUCAGUGUCGGCAACAAACCCCUACCUGCGGGAACUCAGAUCAAACAUGUGCAGACUCUCAGUUUCGAGGACUGGGUUGCGCAGAAAAAGCUAGUAGAGCACAUGAAUAAGGCGUUUAUGCAAAGUGCGGGAAUUCAUGUGGAUGCGAAUGGUGCAGUUAAGGGUACUACGUUAAAGGUGCUUUUGUUACCAUUUGUUAUGGCUCUCCUGAGGGAGACGAGGUCGAGGACAGGCAUAAAAACAGUUAAGCAGGGAUAAACCACGAACACCAAAAAUGUAGUACCUCUAAUGGAGGGCGGAGUCACAUGUCGCAUAGAAGUGCGAGCAGUGCGUCUUCUGCUAGCAACCUCUUCCUAGGAGCAGAACAGAAUCAACAACAAGCGCUAGGUGGUGGUAACAAGGAGAAUAACGCAGACGCGGCCACGAUUCCGCAUCAAGAUGCAAGUCGUGCAAGUGGCAGUACGAAUGCUGAAUUGAGUACUUUUGAUCCUCAAGCAUCAGCCUCAACAAGCAGCGCUGCUGGAUCCUCGUCUACCUUACUGCAACCACGUCCGACAGCCGUCGUAAAACUACGAGAUCACUCAUCUUCUAGUAGUACGUCCUCACUCUUAGAAGAGGUGUUCGGACCCAGGCAUCGUUCCAGCUCAACUUCAGUUGGUGGUCUUCUUCAGACGACAGCUCAGCAAAACAACACCAGCACUCAAAAUCCGACUAAAUCUAGUUUUUUUAACCGUCGAAGCAGUGCCGGUCCAACGGGAGGAGGUGGUGGCGCGCAGAGAGGUUUCGGUCCUUUCGGGUCUACUUUCGGUGCUAGAGGACCUAAAACAAAGUCACACCCUAUUGGAGCAAGCCAUCACGGCUCGACGUGGGACCCAAGGGGUGCCAGACCGGGAACUACUACUUCCGCAAGCAAGAUGAAUCCUAAUUCUCGAGAUCCGAAUGGUAGAGCAUCUUCACCUGCAGAACUCGGGAUGAACCCUACAAGGCCAGCCUCAGGAAAAAUAGACAUGAGCGCUGGUCGGAAUCGUGAUCUAUAUAAACUCAUCUUUGGUGAAAAUGCGGCCGCUAGUGGUAGUAGAGCCAGUACUCCUACAACCAGUGGCAAUCCUACUGUUCUUGCUGCAAGCAGUAGUGCUAAUGCAAAUGUAGCGACCUCUGCCAAGGAGAAGACGGCAGGUGGACUAGGCAGUUGUGGCAGUGCUGCAGUUGCCGGAAACAUUCCAGUUGCAGCAUCAAACAUCCCAGUUGUCUCAGUCGCAUCUGCAGUACAUGAAGGUGGAAAUGCAAAUGCUGGCACAACUACAAUGAAAGAAAAAGUAAAAGCUACACGACCAGAUGAAUCAGACGGAGAACAUGCACGACUACUAGCUGGAGCAGCAGAGACGACGAAAGAAGCCGAUCACUCUCCCGUAGUACUAGAUUCGCCGAUAUCAGCCUCAACCUCGGUGAACACAGGUACAACAUCGACGAGUGAAGAACAACAACCUCCUACAACUACAACCGCAUCGUCUACAAUGGUGCCGUCUGUAACUUCUGUGGCACCUCCACAACUAGAAUCAGUAGUUGUACAACUGGUGCAACAUCAGGGGGCAACGAAAGAAGGUAGUGAAGGAGCAGAAAACAGAGUUGAUGAGCAAAAAUCCUCUGUUGGUGUACCUGGUGCAGGAAAAGCAGAAGAACAAAAACCAGCAGCAGAAGCCUCUAGUACUACGGUAGGAACAAAGGAUCGUUCACGCUCGGAGGUGUCCCUGGAAAAGCCAGCCACGACCACAGCAGUUCUGAAGCCUCUACGCAGUUUUCUCAUGGCUUUCAAAAUAGCGGAGACCGGAGACAAGGACAACGGACAGCAACAACAGAACCAGGAUUAAGGCUGUACCUAAAAAUACAUCUUUGGACGUAUCCUUGGAACUACGUAUGGAGGAGUAUCCUAAGCGAACACUCCCCCAUACUUUUCAAGGAUGCACUUGAAAGAUGAAUUGCGGACAGCUCUAACAGGAACAGCUACAUCCAGCAUCCUUUCAACGAAACGAGAAAUGGAGUUCCUCGAAGAUGAUCAUCCUAAAACUGUUACAAUUAAGGCUUCGCAAAUGAUCUCUUUUCUAUCUUCCUCUGGAGGUCUUUCUUUUUUCUAGUUACUAGGUCUUUCUUUUUUCUAGUUCCACAAAUAUAGGGAAGCUCUAAUACAAAAAGGAGAGCAACUCGGACUCUUUCAGAAUGGGAAUAAGGAAGCCGAUGCUUUGCAUGCGAUUGCAAAAAAACUGAUGGAGGCAGAAUGAGAUGGUCGUUGUAGCGAAGAUAAGUACUAGUUGUGGACAACUCUUCAGCUACCUAGCUCUCGUAGCGAAGAUAAGUAGCCUACUAGUGGACAACUACUCCUAUUUAUUCUUCUAGGCGGUAUAUUUUGGGCUAAAAGUGAGUCAGUAUUUAUCUACAACAAAGAGUUUGACUUGGAUUUCCUCUCUAGUAGCAGUACUACGGCUUCAAUUAUUAUCAUAUGGAAAGAAUUAGAAUUCUAAAUAGUUAUUCGUCGAUCCCCUUCUUUGAUUCCAGAAUUGCUGUACUUCGCAUUACCACAUCAAUAUGCUGUAGUGAUUAAUAUUGAUACUUACUAGGACUACGAGUUAUAAUUGAUAUUGCACUUUGAUUGUAUUAAAAUUUGUGUAGUUCCGCUCUUUUUGUUUUUUUAGCUGAAUAAGCUGAUGACAUGGAAGCAGAAUAGAUGAUGUUGUACAAUUCGGCUGAAGCAACCUCAGUACCAUUUGAUAGGAUGGGUCACGAGGUAACAUGACAUCCCGUACUAGGUUCAUAAAAUUUAGUACCUUAGUGUUAGUUUUGUUGAAUAGAAUCAAUAUAUCGAGGACAAUUUAUUUUGCAUUCCAUCGAUCUUCAAGUCUUACAAAGUUUACUGCUCGUUAAAAAUGUCGCAUAAACGCCAUAGCACCUCCAAGCGUUGCAUCUCCAGACCACAGCUAACACGCAGAGCAGAUAUCUUCUCUACAAUUACACUACAAAAUAUGCUAUUAAUCCCAAUGUCAUCCUUUACUUUUUCGAGCCCCUCACCCCAAGACGUGUGACUAUACACCAUACUUCUAGUACACAAGAAGCAGUGCAUCUAGUACACAAGAACACGGCAAUGUCAUUCAUUCAAUGCACUACUCUUUUGAUUCAACGAGUUGGACUUGGACUGGUAAGAAAAAGAACGUUUAUUUUGAUGAAGUCACCGAUUCUGAAAAGCAGUUGAAAAUAUAAAAAUAUGCUGAGACAA